AUGGCGAAGGGCAAGAAGCCGACCCCACAGGAGAUCUACCGCGAGAAGAAGGAGCGGGAGGCGAAGGAGCGCUCCGCCUACCUCCCCCCGGGGCUCGUCAACCACGGCAACACCUGCUUCAUGAACUCUACCCUCCAAGGACUUAUAGCCACCCGAUUUCUGUACGAGCUCGGACACUUCAACCCCGUCCCGGACGCGGCGCAGACGUACGCCGCGCUGCCCAUCCUUGCCCAGCGCUCACCAUUGCUCACGAAUGGGCACGGUCUCGGCGGCGGGUACGAGCAUGACUGGGAGGAGGGCAUGCCGCUCGGGGACGCGUUCCUGCGCGUGAUGCAGCGCGCGUGGGACAUCCAGGACUCGAAGUCGAGGGCGAGCAUGAGUCCCAAAGAAGUUCUGACUGCGAUCGGCACCAAGUUCGAUCAGUACCUCGACUUCCGGCAACAAGACGCACACGAGUUCCUGCGCCAGCUACUCGACGCGAUGCGCAUGGAGGAGUUAGACAUCAUCAAAAAGCGCCAACCGCCGCCUGCGAAGGACAAGCGUAAGCGGCGGCGGCGGAUCGAGCCACCUACGCCUCAAGGGCCGUCGCAGGAACCACAGCCAUCCUCGUCUGAUCCCACCCCAACAUCGCCUCCACCGCCGGCUGCUACCACAGCGUUUGCCCUCCAAUCGCUCUCCGACAUGCUCUUCGGCGGUAAACUGGAAUCGUUCGUCGUCUGCGAGCGCUGCAACCACGUCAGCCGGACCCUUGAAGACUUCAACGACCUCAGCUUGAGCAUAAAGCCCGAGGACUACGCGCGCGAGCGCAAGCGGGACCGUAUCAAGACGCUUGCCAAGAAGUUCAAGUUUCGGUCGUCGCCCAUGGGCUCUACCGGUUCCGGCCUCGGCCUUGGCACUGCUGCGGGAUCGGGAUUGGGAAGGGGCGAUGGCGAUGAGGUGCGGGCGUCGAGUGUACCGCCGAGUCCGAUGCGAAGGAAUUCGGAGGCGCGUGGCGGGGGUGUACCGGAUGAUAUCGAUGAUUCUGCGUUCGUCGCGACGGCGAGCACACCCCGGCGGCGGAGCAUCGAUCUCUCGCCCGGGCUCGCUCCCAACGUGGCAGGGGCUGCCGCGCAAGGUUCCGAACCCCUUCCAACCUUGGCGUCCAUCUCUUCCGUACUACAAGUGGAUGGCAGUGAUUCUCGCGACUUGCAGUCGCAAGCAGAAGGGACUCGAACCCCCGAUCCGUCUGCGGCGCAGCAGCGGGAGAAUGUCGCGUUAGUGACGGACGCUGUAGAUGCCUCGCCGCACGAGGAGGAGAAGAAACUUCGCGAACAUGUCGAGUUUUCUGACGCUGGCAAGCCAGAUAGGGAGAAGAAGGAGAAGGAGAAAGAGAGAGAGAAGAAGGACGACGAUAGCUGGGCGCGCCUGGGUCGGCGAUUGAGCAUGUUCGGGCGGAAGGAGAAAGACAAAGAGCGAAAUAGGAGGAGCCGCUCGCGUGAGCGCAGCCGGCCCGUCAGCCUCGGUCACCUGCCCGAGGGCCAACCCGCCUUCUCCUCCCCCGCGACUCCGCGCCAGUCCGACGCGAGCCGCGCGCUCAGCCCGGAUCUGAAACACGUCCGGCCCGCCAGUGCUGAGCCGCCGCGAACGGCGUCACCCGCCCUUAGCAUCGGCUCACCGCACCUGUCGACCUCGCAGCGCCCGGAUUUUCGCCGGCUGUCCAGCUCGCUCGCGUCCGUGCUCCUCUCCGAGAAGGACAAGGCCAAGGAUGGGAAGCACCACCACCGGCACCACCAUAACAAGCCAUACAAGUCAUACAAGCCGAGCAAGGGCGAAGUGGAGUACCUCCAUCGCAUUCUCGCCGACGUCGGUGGGCCGUCCGCGAACCCAUUCGCGAUUUUCCGAGCGCCGCAGCCGGGCCCGUCCGCGUUGUCCGGCUCACAGUCUUCGACGGCGGCGGCUGGCGCCCAGAACCUAUGGGCGAAGCUCGCGCAGCUGACGAGCUUGGAGGAAUGCCUAAGACUGUUCACGAGCGUCGAGGUGCUCGACGGGGAGAAUAUGGUGGGGUGCAGGCGUUGUUGGAAGAUCGAGCACGGACUGUGGCCGCCACGGACGAAUGGUGGUGCCUCGAGCAGUGAGAGUGAGACCGAGAGUGACGACGGCGAUGAGAAAGAAACUGUGGAAGCGGCUGGAGACGUGGUGGACGCUAAGGAGAAUGGCGAUGACGACGACACCCUCGAUGAGGAGUAUGUCAAGGUCCGCUCAGGAAGCGUGCGUUCGAGCUCGUCGACCGCCGCGACCGACUCCUCGCACGUGCUCUCGUCCUCCGCGACGCUCGCCGAUGCGCCCUCGGACGCGUCAAUCUCGUCUGUGGAGCCUACCAAAACCCCCCCUCCGGUACCGCCCAUACCUAUACCGGACGCCGAUGAACCCGCUACGUACGGCGGGCAGAUCAUCCCCUCCAUUUCGACCACCGCGCCCGAUUCGCCCGCUCCGUAUUUAUCUCCGCCCGCCACUGCCAGACCGGAGAGUAUACCGCCGCCCGUGCCUUCUCCACGGCUGGGCACGUCGCUCUUGGCGUCGAGCUCGCGGGACUCUCUGCGCGCGCCUGACGGUCGUCGACGGAGACCUCCGGGCCUCAAAGACGGCGCCGAGGACAGCGAGCCGACGAGCCAGGACGACUCGGACAGCGACGAGACCAACUCGACGUACACCUACUCGGACGUGUCCGCUGCAGCGUCCCCGGUAGCGUCGCCCAUGGUAUCGCCUAGCGCGUCGCAGGAGCGGCUGGCGCCCGCGAAGGCGCAGCGCACCCAGUCAAAGAUCCCUCGCUCUAAACAGGUCAUCAUGCGCCGGUCUUUUAAGCGGUACCUCAUCGCGGUCCCCCCUCCGGUGCUCGUGAUUCAUCUCAAGAGAUUCCAGCAGAUCUCCAAGGUUCCUGCUCUUUCGUUCUCUUCCGGAUUCAAGAAGCUGGACGACUACGUGGCCUUUCCCGAGUAUCUCGACCUCACCCCAUACCUGGCGCCGAACAGGGAGGAAUUUGGUCUCGGCUCGAAACAUCAUCGUUCAGGGCACGCUGGUACUGCUGCACCAUCGUUACCGAGCAGGGACAAGUCGGGAAAGUGUAUGUACCGGCUGUACGCUGUCGUCCAGCACCUGGGUAACAUGCUCGGGGGCCACUACGUUGCGUACGUCGCGCUCCCGCCCUCGCGCAAGGACGCGCCCGUGUCCUCCCCCUCGUCAGAAGGCACGCCGCGCGACGACUCGGCGACAUCGCGGCAUAGCAAGGAGUCAGGGGCCGAGGCGCAGCGAGAGUGGGCGUACGUCAGCGACACGGUCGUCCGGCUGACGACGCUCGACGAGGUUCUCAAGGCGAAGGCGUACAUCUGCAUGUACGAGCGGAUAUAA